CGGGGGUGGGGCCGGCCGGGGGCGACUACAACAAAGGGCGGCGGGUGGCGGGCGUCAGUGACCGCGUCUCCCGGUGCUCUUCUCAGGCCGAGCCCUGGCCCCCUGCCUGCCCCGCUCCAGAUGAAGUGUGAGCACUGCACGCGGAAGGAAUGUAGUAAAAAAACAAAAACCGAUGACCAAGAGAAUGCAUCAGUCGACGUACCAAGUCUGGCCCUGGAGAACGGAGAGAAGGGAGAAUUCCAUAAGUUGGCUGAUGCCAAGAUAUUUCUGAGUGACUGCCUGGCGUGUGACAGCUGUGUCACUGCAGAGGAAGGGCUCCAGGUCUCCCAGCAGAACGCCAAGGACUUCUUUCGAGUUCUGAACCUUAAUAAGAAACGUGAUGCCUCACAGCACAAGGUGCUGGUGGUGUCGGUAUGUCCUCAGUCUCUGCCUUACUUUGCCGCCAAAUUCCGCCUCAGUGUGACCGAUGCAUCCAGAAGACUCUGCGGCUUCCUCAAAAGUCUUGGGGUGCACUAUGUCUUUGACACGACGAUAGCCGCGGAUUUCAGCGUGCUGGAGAGUCAGAAGGAAUUUGUGCGUCGCUUCCGCCAGCACAGCGAGGAGGAGCCUGCGUUGCCCAUGCUCACCUCCGCCUGUCCGGGCUGGGUCCGAUAUGCCGAGCGGGUGCUGGGCCACCCUGUCACCCCCCACCUCUGCACCGCUAAGUCUCCCCAACAGAUCAUGGGCUCUCUGGUGAAGGAUUACUUCGCUAGACGGCAGAACCUGUCUCCAGACAAGAUUUUCCAUGUUAUCGUGGCCCCUUGCUACGAUAGGAAACUGGAGGCCCUUCGAGAAGACGUUCCCACAGCUUUGCACGGCUCCCGGGGUGCUGACUGCGUACUAACCUCAGGUGAAGUCGUUCAGAUAAUGGAGCAAAGCGACCUCGUGGUAAAAGAUGCUGCCGUUGAUACUCUGUUCGGAGGCCUGAAGGAGGAGGAGGUGAGGCGCCAUGAUGGAGCCAGCUCCGACGGGUACCUGGCGCACGUCUUCAGACACGCCGCCAAGCAGCUGUUUGACGAGGACGUGGGGGAGGUCACCUACCGCACCCUGAGGAACAAAGACUUCCAGGAGGUCACCCUUGAAAAGAACGGGGAGGUUCUGUUACGCUUUGCUGCUGCGUACGGCUUUCGAAACAUCCAGAAUGUGGUUCUGAAAUUGAAGAAAGGCAGGUUCCCGUACCACUUUGUGGAGGUGCUCGCCUGCGCCGGGGGGUGUUUGAACGGCAGGGGCCAAGCCCAGGCGGAGGAUGGGCGUGCAGACAAGGCGCUGCUGCGGCAGAUGGAGGGCAAGUACGCGGACGUCCCCGUGCGGCCCCCGGAGACCAGCGCCCACGUGCAGGAGCUGUACCGGGAGUGGCUGGACGGGGCCGACUCCCCCAGGGUCCGGGAGGCCCUGCACACCGUGUACCAGGGCCCGGGGCUCCCUGCCGCCAGCCGAGACAUCAAGUGGUGAAGGUGGGCAAGGCUGGGAAGCGGGCCCCGCCACCGCCCAGGGAGGGAGACGCUGGAGGAGAACCGCUCCGCUUCUCGGUCAUUACUGUGCUUUCCGGAGCUCUCUCCCCCUGUGUGUAGGCGGCUCCCUCACUCGGUUUGACGUGGUGCUAUCUUUGUAACGUGUGUUCAACUGGCAUAUUUUAACAAGAGAGGAGGAUUGCCCCAAUUCAAGUACCCUUUUAUCUUAAGACUGAAAAAUAUCCCAAAGAACAAAAAUAGAGACAGACUACUAUCUUUUAGGCUUAAAAAAAAAAAAAUCUAAAAAGUGUCCUGCGAAGAGCUAAGACCCCAGAAGUUCAGAUUCAUGUGCCUCAGAGCGAUGUGACGUGGAAAAGAGAUGAGAGGCGGGCAGGCUGCGGGGGUGGUGGAGCCACGGUCCCCGGUCUGCCCGACUUGGCUCUUACUUCACCCACUUACGUUACUCCUGAAAACAUUUUUGCCAGAACGUGAAUAAAUUGCAUCCUUUCGGAAUCGGGGGGCUCGUGUACAAAGCUGGAUUUCGGAUUUUCUGGUAGCAGUUGUCAGAGAGCGGUAGCAACUGCCUCCUGGGACCAGACCUCUAACCAGGGGACCCCAGACUUGCACUUUUACAUUCUGCCUUUAAGGAGAACUCCCCUCGAGGUCGGGGAGGCCUGGCAAGGGGGACGGAAGGACGGAGGACAGACUGGCUGCCCCGCUCGGGCCAGGGUGUGCGAUCGGGAGGCUUUCGCCUCAGUCCCUCCCCAGCGGGGUUAGCAGGGGACAGCCCCCCCCCCCCCCCCGACCUUUGCUGUUUGAGUGACUGUCAUCCUGCGGCCCGCGCCGCUCCUGUGAGCGCCUUAAAGAAGGGAUAGAACGUGGUUUCCCCGCAAUACAAACAAGGGCUAGCAAGCAGCCAGAAACCUCCAGAACCGUGGCGCUCCACAUCUGGGCUCGUCCUCCAAAAGAAAGACAUCUGUGAGUGGCCUGGGUUUGGUUUUUCGAAGCACUUGGAUUUGGUAAACACGAGCGAUGUUGAUCCUCUUGAGUCCUCCGUGCCGUCACGCCCUGGUGGGCUCCAUUUCCUUCAUCGUGUUCCGUAUCCUGUCCGGCUUGAUAGCCGGCUAGCGUGUGAAAUCGUACACUUUUCCUUUCCAUCUGGUCACGACCGGUGUCAUCCUCCACGGAGCUGACUGCGGAAUAAACAGUUGAAUGUG